GGGGUCGUUGCCUGCGGGAGCAGCGGGUCCCGGGUCUUCGUCUACUUCUGGCCCCCGCACAACGGGAACCCCCACGACCUGCUGGACAUCAAGCAGAUGAGGGACCGGAACAGCCGCCCCGUCGUCAAGAAAAUUAAACCGGGUUGGUGCCACCCCUCCCCGCUCCCGUUUCUCAUGUCCAAAGCGCGCUGGGCGCAGCAGCAGAGCUCGCGGGGCUGGACGUGGGGUGUAUCGCAGCAGGAUUCCCGCUGUCUCGUGCUCCCGCAAAGGAGCAUCGCUGGUGAAGGUCCCUUAGGGUCUGUCCCUCUCCUGCGUCCUUGCAGGCAGCAAGCUGCAAUCCUGGAGGACUUGGUGAGAAAUGUGCCCCUGGAGUUUGACUUCCUCUUCUCCAAAUCACACGCAGAAGUAAUCUCAGGGAAACAGGAAGGUGUCUAUGCUUGGAUCGGCAUCAACUUUGUCCUGGGACGGUUUGAUCACGAGGAGGAGGAGGAUGCAGUGGUCACCGUAGCGCUGGGGGACCAGGGAGAGUCCCUCGUUCGGAAACGAACAGUUGGGAUCCUGGACAUGGGGGGCGCCUCCCUGCAGAUCGCCUACGAAGUGCCUGAGACUGGAGCCUUCGCCUCCCCACAGCAGGAGGAGGCUGCUAAGAGCUUACUGGCAGAAUUCAACCUGGGCUGCGAUGUGCAGCACACUGGCCACAUGUACCGUGUCUACGUCAACACCUUCCUGGGCUUUGGGGGCAACUUUGCCCGGCAGCGCUACGAGGAGCUUGUGCUGAACCAGACCUAUGUGCACAACCGCCUGCAUGGCCAGCAGACAGGGCUGAGCCCCAAAACGCCCUUCCUGGACCCCUGCCUGCCUGUGGGGCUGGAGGACACGUUGGCCAGGGGCAGCCAAACCCUGUACGUGCGGGGGCGAGGGGACUGGCUGGCCUGUGCAGAGCUGCUGCAGCCCCUCCUGGCUGGGCCCAACAGCAGCACCCUCCCCACCGCUGCCCAGGUGGGUGCCACCCCAGCCCAGGGAGCUGCUGUUCCCAGGGCUGGGAGGGAGUGGGGGCCAUUUCUUGCUCUGAACUCCAACUUCUCUGUCCCCCAGGAGUACUGCAGCCAGCGAUGGGAGGUGCUGACCCAGCGCUUCCGUGGUGGCCUCUACUCACCACACGCUGACCAGCACCGACUGAAGUAUCAGUGCUUCAAAUCAGCUUGGAUGUACCAAGUCCUUCACCAGGGCUUCUGCUUCCCCCUGGACUAUCCCAGCCUGCGCACGGCCCAGCUGGUGUACGACCGGGAGGUGCAGUGGACACUGGGAGCCAUCCUCUAUAAGACACGUUUUCUGCCACUCAGGGAUCUCCGGCAGGAGAGCAUCCGGCAAGCCCAUGCCUCCUGGCUGCGCCUCUCUUUUGUCUACAACCACUAUCUCUUCUUUGCCUGCAUCCUGGUCGUAGCGCUGGCCAUAGUCCUCUACCUCCUGCGGCUGCGCCGCAUCCACCGCCGGCAGCUGCGUUCGGCCCAGCUCACCCUGCUCUGGCUGGACAAGGUGGUGGUACCGCCAGGCCAGGGAAAUGGGCCAUGACAUCAGCAGUAGCCACUGUCCGGGUGCACCAGCAGAACCAGGACUGGUUGACAGCCUGGGCUCCGAGGGCUUGGACUCUUUCUUAAAGACCAUCUCCACUCUGCACUCCGUCAUCUCCACAUCAGAACCAGAGCCUGUGGGUUGAGGCAGCUACGGACACCGGAGCUUUCUUCUCCGCCUUGCCCCAGACCUCAUCUUUGCAUUCCUUGACCUCCGCCCUUUGCCUUCCUACAUGAUACAGAGCAAAGUCCUCUGCUGCCAGCAGGCUCAAGGCUGCAGCCCUGGCAGGUCCCUCAGAUAAGGAGUACGCUAUCACUGAGGCGGCCAACCCAGGGCUGUGGCCUGAAGCACCAGGCCACCCCAUGACUCAGCCACCAGUUUGCAGAGCAAUCUGGUGAGGUGCUGCAGCUCAUCACCCGGGGCGGCCUUUCUGCAGUCCCUUACAAGCCCACGGGCUGGAGAACAGCAGCGGCCAGCAAAGUCACUACAGGAACUAAGUGAGCCAUGAGAUCCACCAAGCCGCUCUGUCCAGCCCAGCCCAUCUCAGAGCAUUCCUUCAGGGGUGUCCUGCUCUUUGCCAUGUCUUCACCCCCAGGACAAUCUUCCCACAGUCCUAGGCAACACCCCAGGCUCAGCACAGAGAGCUCAGGGAUUGGUUCCUAAGGCACCAAAGUGGGCUGCGUUUCCUUUCAUACAUUCCUGCCUGGGCAUGCCUGCCCCGUGGUGUCCCACACGUUAAUUGGGCACUAGCACCAGGACCAGUGGUUCUCUCCCCUGUGAGUGCAGGCUGGGCCUGCCUGGGGGGGGAACCACCUCACUCCAGCCCAUCUCACUGCCCCAGGGCAGGUCUGAGCUGUGGCUCUGCACACAGGCAUAAGCCUUCCUCCUUUGGGGCUGGAGCCCCGAUGACCCAAUGAAAUUCGUCACUUUUUACUUGAACUUGUCUGUUCCCAUUCCCAUAGCAAUAAACAAACCCCUUGAGCCAUCCA